GUAAUAUUACAAAAUAAUGCCAUUAUCAUAAAGAGAAAACCCCCACCAUAAUACGAGUUUUGGACCAUAAUAACCCAUCCAUGUGCGUACUAAAGAGCGGUAACUUGGUGUGUGAAAAACAGGGUUUAUCCUUGACAGUGCCUUGUACAGUUUUGGUAAAAGCAACGCAAUAAAUCCACUUUUUCUAACUGCCUGCAAACUCAGUGAGAAUGAUGACAGAGAGCAGAGUUCAUGUUGAGACUCCUCCAGAGGACUGAUCAGCUGAUUCUCUACAGGAAGCAGCACACAGACGUCUGCAGCAUCACAAUCAGCUCACAAACAUGGAGGAGAGGAGGGGAGGGGAGAGGACGGGAUCCGCUUCCUUUGUUGGACUUUUUUAUGAAGAAGGUUGAUGAAGUAGACCAACUCUGCUGUCUUCUCUUUUGUCUUCUUUCCCUCAUCAUGACAUCACAGGGAGGAGGGGCCAUUAAAAAAACACACAGAGAGGAAGAAAAGAAGUCACACACCCUCCCCCGUCCUCCUCCCCUCCCUCUCCCUUUCUCCCCCCUCCUCGGUGAAAAGUGGAGGUUUCUCUCCUCAGAGUUCAGUCUGAGGAGUCCGUCUGCUGGACCAUGAACCAGUCCGAGUCCUGGGGCGGCUGAGAGACACAGAGAACAGAACUGAGGGGGGAGGACAGCAUACAAGGGGGAAGGACGACUUUAUUUUAAUUCAUCUCUAGAGGAGAAGGACGGAGAGCGGGGCAGAAAGAGACAUGAGAGGUGAAUCCUGCAGCUCCACGUGACGCUUCAACUGCAGGAAACAGACACUGCUGCUGACAUUCAGGGGAGGCCCAGGGGACCAGGUGCGAGAAGGAGAGCUCGUCCAUCGAUCCGUCAAACCGGCCGGCAAAGAUGAGGAGGCUGAUGUGGAGCCUGUGUGCCCUGCUCUGCCUCUCCCUGUGGGAGCAGAGUUCCUGCAGGAGCUCCAGGGACGCCCGGAGGACCACGGGGGCUCCUCUGCACCGGAGCAAGAGAGCCCCCCUCAGCCCCGAUGCCAAGAAGUGCUCCUACACAUUCUUGGUUCCUGAGCAGAGGAUCACAGGUCCGAUCUGUGCCAGCACCACCGGCCCUGAGCCUGACAAGGACAGGGUGACCCGGAUGGAUAUCGCAGAUCUGAGGGAGGUGCUGAGCAAGCAGCGACGUGAGAUCGAGACGCUGCAGCUGGUGGUGGAUGUGGAUGGGAACCUGGUGAAUGAGAUGAAGCUGCUGCGGAAAGAGAGCAGGAACAUGAACUCCAGGGUGACCCAGCUCUACAUGCAGCUGCUGCAUGAGAUCAUCAGGAAGAGAGACAACUCUCUGGAGCUGGCCCAGCUUGAGAACCGCGUCCUCAACGUCACUUCUGAGAUGAUGAGGCUGGCCUCCAGGUACAAGGAGCUGGAAGGACGCUUCGCCACCAUGGCUGGGGUGGUCAACAACCAGUCUGUUCUGAUCUCGGCGCUGGAGGAGCAGUGUCUGAGGACUCUGGGACGCAGUGAGCUCCCUGUAGUCCCCCCACUGGUCCAAGUAGUACCGCAGAACAUACCGGUCAACAACCGGUUCACCAAUGAGAUACAGAGGGACAACAGUAACAACCGAGCCUUCGCCAGGGGAUCACGCAUGGAAACCCCCACUGUGAGCCCAUUUGGGAACAACCCUCCACCACAGGGAACGCUCACCUCUGAUGGACCCUUCAGGGACUGUUUCCAGGUGCGACAGGCUGGUCACACCACCAGUGGGAUAUACCUGCUAAAGACGGACGGGAGCGAUCAGCUGAUCCAGGCCUGGUGUGAACACAGCCUCGACAACGGAGGAUGGACCGUGUUACAGAGGAGGAAAGACGGAUCUGUUAAUUUCUUCAGGAACUGGGAGAACUACAAGAAAGGAUUUGGGAACAUAAACGGCGAGCACUGGCUGGGUCUGGUCCACAUCUAUAGUCUGGGGAAACAAGGCGACUACAAGCUGAUGGUGGAGCUGGAGGACUGGACAGGGAAGAAGGUUUAUGCCGAGUACAGCAGCUUCCGACUUGAGCCAGAGAGCGACGGAUUCCGGCUCAGGCUCGGUACCUACCAGGGCAACGCCGGUGACUCGCUCAGCAGCCACAACGGCAAACAGUUCACCACGCUGGACCGUGACAAGGACGCCUUCUCAGGUAACUGCGCUCACUUCCAUAAAGGCGGGUGGUGGUACAACGCCUGUGGACAGACCAACCUGAACGGGGUGUGGUACAGCGGGGGGGUUUACCGCAGCAAGUUUCAGGAUGGGAUCUUCUGGGCAGAGUACGGAGGAGGUUUCUACUCCCUGAAGUCAGUCCAGCUAAUGAUCCGACCCAUCGAAUGAGCCUUAGACACUCCUCGUUUCCUUUCCUGUUCCCUCCUUCCCAAAAACUGAACCAGGACCAGAGACUGUGACAUGAAGGAGGAGAGGCAGCCAUGUUUCUGACCAGACAAUAAGACUAUAAUGACUGUCAGUCUGAGCUGUGGUCUCCCAUCAUGACUUAGGCCAGUAAUGGUCCCCCCUGUCCUUCAGUGCCCUAUGUUUAUCUCUGAGCGUAUUAAAGGGAAAACAAGAGAUUUCUUCUGAGCAGCUAACUGAGACUAUUUAUACCAGACCGUACUGGAUGUACUGGAUGUACUGGGUGAACUGGGAUGAUUGACUGUAGUAGCAUUACAGUGAUGUGAUUUAAAUAUGUGCUUCCAGUUAGAAUAUAACGGGUAGCUUUGAGUCUGCAGGUGUGUUGGUGCUGUUUAGACUCCUGGACGUCCUUCAACAGAAAAACAAAUCUGUUAAAAAGACAGGGAUGCAGUGGUUUAGUUUUUAAAACAGAUCCUUCACCCAGUUUUAUAGAAUAUAGUUACACACAAGUGCCUUACAACUGAGUUCUUUAAAACAGGGUAUCCACCUUCUUCCUUUAGGCUCUACUGUAGAUGUGAUCAUGGGUGGAACUUCUGGUGAUGAAGAAAUGGGAAAAACACGUUCCUACUAGUGGCUAACCACCCACCACCUGUCAGUUUAAAAGGAAUUUACCUAUAAUUCAUUUUUUAAAUCAGAUAUUUAACAUUUUAGGGCUGUCCUUGCAGAGCUCUUGGUUCCCAUUGUGCCAUUAGUGGCUGUAUGAAUAAUUGGACAAAGCUCAAUUUGUGUCUUCAACAGCUGUGUUGUAAGCACGCUGUUCCCUGGUCUGAAUGCAUCAGGGAUUUACUUCCACUCAGAAUCCAGACAGAAUUAUUACUGACCUAUAGAUGAGACUAUGUGAAGUGGGGAUAUCAAUAAAAACACAUUUUUGAAAGACAGAUUCAUGAAAUAAUACAAACCUCAGAUCAUACACAAACUAAAAUGUGUGUUGUUUCCUUCCUAGGCCACCGUGUUUGUUUUAAAGACCCUAAAAAGUGAGAAUUUGUGUCUCAACCAGGGCCGUUUCUAGCUUUGUGGGGGCCUUAUGAAAAAUGCUGUUUGGGGGCCCCUAGUUUGCCAAGCCACGAUGGAGAGAUUCCUGAUUCAGUAGAUGAUCCACGAACAUGCUGAUGCAUGCAUGCCUGAUAUGCAGGAUAACCCCUCAUAUUAAAAUGAAACAUCUAAAGUUGAGCCACUCAAGCAAAAUAGCAAGGAAAACAAAACUACUCUAUAUGGUGGCUUUCACACUAGGGUCUCCUCCUUGGCAGGGUUGUAAACCAGCUACGUAUAUACCGCCACCUGCUGAGAGUCCGCGUAUAGCAAGAAAUGGCCCAAGUUCUAACAAACUAGAAAUGCUGAAUAUGGUUGCUGUAAACAUGUGACACUGAGAUCUACAUGAGACUGAUUUAAGAUUUAGACCGUUAGAAAGUUUUUCACCUCUUUCCUCGGUGGGUUUAAUUUGGGCGGGGCCCGUAUGUGGUGUCACCACCCAACAAUGGGGAUUAACCCCGCCCCUCUAACACUACAAUGGUAUAAAAUCACUGAGUAGUUCAUCUCAGUGAAAGAUAACAGCCAGGUAAAUGCUUUUUUUUUUUUACUGUUCAUUGGGGAUGAAUGUGCUAAAUCUAUCAUCCACACUGGCCAGGAGAUCAUUCAAAGCAGUGGUUCCUGAGCUUUUUCCUAAGAGCCGCUCUUACUGAAGGACCCCCAGGACCCACACAAACAAAAGGUGAUACAUGAAUGUCAAAAUGAUCAAAUUCAAAAGUGUGCAUGUGUUUUAUCCUGAUUUUAGUUAGUACGAGUGACUCUAAUUUUGGUUGCCACCUCAAAGCAGACUGAACCUUCCCUGAAAUCUCUGGCGCACCCUCAACCAAAGAUUUAAAGCAUCAUAAAAGAGAGAUAUGAGCCAGAAAGGAGACUUUGUCUCUUCUCUGACACAGAGGCAGCCAGCUGAUCAAAAGGUCAAGAUAAGGUUAAGGAGCAGAAUAACAGCAUGAGUGCUUUCCUACAGUCAGCAUUUUUAAAAAUUUGAGAGGAUUGUAUGUCUCGUGAGUGGGUGUGGCUUCAGCUUAUUCAACAGACACGCCCACAGCAUCCUGGAGCAGAUUUUACUGCCUUAUUAUUCAUGAUUUUGAAGCUUAAUUGUACAAACUCAGAAAUGUUCUAUUUGACUGAAAUUUGACCUGGGGGCUCAUAACACAGUUGCCUGCCAUAAAACAAACCUAAAUACAGAUUUAUCUUCACUUUACAGGGUCUUUACAGUAAACAGUAGUGAGCCAUGACAGCUGUGUGUUUUUGUACAUGUAAAUCAAAGUAUAAUAAAACACCAUUAGCCACUAGCUAACAACACUGAAACACCCAAGCUUGUUGAUGUGAGAUUUUAAUGCUCUGACUGGACUCUAUGUCUGCUUUAAGCACAUAAGGUCACGUCACUACUCCUUUAACUAAACACCACUGUCCUAACCUGACACGCCAGAUGGAUGUGUGAAACACAUCCAUCUGGCACAUCCAUCUCAGCUUCAAUCAAAAACGUCCGAGAAAAGGCAGAGGCUUUGAAAAACACUCGGAGUGUGAUUGGAUGAACGUUUUGUCACAUCUCUACGGGCCAAUCAGAGCAAGGAAACACGUGACGUAGCAGCUAUCGAGCUGCAUGUGCGCA